AUGUCCGAUAUUGUGGAUUACUCAGAAGAGAAUGGAAUUGAUUUCGACCUACCAGAACUGAGUGGGGAAAUCACAGUAGAACGUAGAUUCAGUGACUUUAUUGGUCUCUACGAACGACUCCACGAAAAGGUUUCCCACUACGGAUUUUUUUUGCCUUUGCCCCCAGAGAAAGACGCCACAAGUUUCAAUCCUAUUUUUACUCGGCAGGCAACUGGACAAACUGGAAAGAGCCAAAGACGAGUUGGAAGAGGUAACCUAGAGUGUUCAUUGCAGGCUAAAACAGCUAAAAACAUAGCUCAGCGUGACUUUGAUUCAAUAUCGAAUAACAUUAAAAAGGAAAUGGCCAUAUUUGAUAAAAAAAAUGAUGGGUACUUUCGUGGUUCAAUGGUCGAAUAUUUACGCUCUCUUCUCUCCAACCAGACCAAAAUUACUUCUAUUUGGGAGGGGUUCCAGGAUGUUAUUGAUGAACUUUAAUUAACACAUACAUUACU